GUUGAUUCCAGUGGAGAAACAAAGAUGGCGGUGUUGCAGUUUUGUAGUCGUGCCCCUAGACCUAGGCUAGAUCUACAUGUUUUAUUUACCUAUCAACACUAAAUUCAAAGGCUACAGGAAGCAUUGCAGAUUGCUGGCUGUGCAGUGAGAAGUGGCUGGAAGUGAAAGUAACCUGGAUAUGUUGUGUGGUGGUGUGCUGCAGUGUGUCAGUGGCGGCGCUGCUGAGAAAUUUCCGAAUGUCUGAGGUAAAGAAGAUAGUCUCCUCCGUCUCCUCCUGUGAGCUAGCCUGAUCAUGUUUUUUCUGUCCUUGUCUCUGGGAAGCCUGUACGCUCGGUGAACGGCACAGAUGUCUGGAGGAUAGCUGCGGUGGCUGGGUGGUGCAUGAGAGGGUUCGGUUUGAUUUAGUGGUCAGCUCGUAGAUGACGUGACGGACGGACCGGAAGUCAUGGCAGAAACAGCGGACAGUAGUGGACGUCGAGUGCUGGAGUUUGACUGUUUGUCUGGGUUGGUGUGUGUGACUUUGGACCAGCAGUGUGUUCUAACCCAGCGCUUUGAGAGGCAAGUGAGAGUCUCUGUGACUCUUGAUAAGCUGUCUCUGUUUACCACUGUGGAAAAGUCUGACCAGACCCAGGCAAAGGGUGUUCCCUGGGAUGAGGACAUCUCUGGGCUCCCAGACAGUGCUGGGCUCGAUGACCCCGACACAUCUGAUCUCAAGUCGUCGGAUACUGGGUGCAGAGCUGGGAAACUGGAAAAUGGGAUGACGGUGUCGUCUGAAGAUUUGGUGGUAGAGAAUGGGGAUGGAAAUAGAAAUUGUGACAGUGUUCAGGGUGAAGAAGGAAGCCAGUCGCAGAUGUUGCCACGAGCUAAUGUGGGAGAGUUGCAUGACCCUACAGGGCUGGAGGGGGAGAGGAAUGACGGAGCAGGAGGGAAACCGAAGAGACAGGCGAAUCCCUCUCGGAGGAAAAGAAAAAAUGACAGAGAGGAGAAGAGUGGGUCAACUGCUAAGUGUAGAAAGAGAAGCAUCAAGCCCUCUGUGCUGACAGUGGAGGAGGGGGGAGCAGAUGGUGACUCACUGUCUACCAACACCAGGAAGGGCUCUCUUGUGGUGAAGAUAAAGAGAGAGAAAGUGUUCAAGGAUAAUUGUGUACCUGAGCCAGGGGAUAAGGAAACGGUGUCUGGUGAUGGGAAUGGACCUCUCAGGGGUGCAGUCUUGAACCAAAGUCAUGUUAAUGGAAAGAAAAAAAAAGUGAAAAAAUGGGCGGUGGAGAAAGACGUGUGGUGUGAGUUCUGCCACUUGACGUUCAAAAGUCAGCAAGCAUUCUUUGACCACAGGAAGGCCAAUAGGACUGAGCUGAACUGUAAGCUGUGUGGCAAAGUGAUGCCGUUCCGUGCUCACCUCAUGGUGCACAUGCACAAACACAACCGGAGUAUGCUGGAUCAGCUGGCUGUGUCUGACGCAGACACAAGUCAGCUCGUGCUCACUUCGUCCACUUCCAACUCUGCCAGUCAGGAGGAGGAAGGCGGCUCGGAGGAGCUGCACAGCAAGAGAGGGGUUAAGGGUGUUAAGUGUGACGUGUGCAGUGUGGUCGUGUCCAACAUUCCUAUUUUGAAGACACACAUGAUGACUCACACAGGGGAGAUGGCGUACCGAUGCUGUGUGUGCCAGGAAGAGACACAUUCCAUCGCCCGAUUCAACAACCACAUGAUGAGCCACGCCAAGGGCGGUCAGGUACAGUGCAAGGUUUGCAAUCUCUUCUUCCCGUCGCGGGCUGACCUCUGUAAGCAUCAGCUGAGCCACGAGUUCAAAUGCAGUCUCUGUGGCCGCGGGUUCCCCAACAAGACCAGCCGUGCCUUCCACUACAAGAUGGCUCACAAAGAGGACAUCCUAAAGUGCAGCGUUUGUGGGAAGCUGUUCUCCUGCCCGGACGAGCUACAGGCUCACCUCAACUACCACCGCAACCGCACCAAAACCCAGUGCCCCAUCUGUGGCCUGUUUGUGUUUCGCCUGGAGUACCACAUGAUCUCUCACAGCGAGCGAGCAGAAGAUGUCAGCAUGUACACUUGCGGGAAGUGCCAGAAAAAGUUCAAGCAGAAACUGUCCUACCAGAGACAUCUUCAUACACACACGGGAGAUAAACCCUAUGCCUGUAUGGAGUGCCCCAAGAAGUUUGCCCGCAGUAGUGGCCUGCGACGUCACAUGCUCACCCACAGCCAGGAGAAGCCAUUCGUCUGUGACAUCUGCGGGAAGGCGUGCUCGCAGAUGGGGAACUUGCGGAUACACAUGCAGAUCCACAAGGCAGGGGGCGUGUCAGGAGGUGUGUCGGGAGGUGUGGCAACGGCUCAGUGCCCCUUGUGUGACCAGAGCUUCCCCCACAAACACUCACUGCAGGAGCACAUGAACUCUGCCCACUACGCCAAGUUGAGUGCAGUGGAGACCACUCCAUAUAUGCCUCCCACCGCCAAUCCCCUGUCUGAGAGUGCUCACACCAUGGCACACACGUUCUACUCUCUGCGGGACAGUGCGGCAGCAGCAGCAGUUAUGGCUCUACCCACAGAGAAAGAUUUCUUAUUUGAAAAGUUUGAGGUCCGUGGAACUGUCUCUGUGACCAUAGAUGACGACCCUCCAGUUUUGAUUUAUUUCAAGACCAGAGUGAAAAUGGAGGUGAAUAUGGAGGACUUAACAGGUACUGACCCGGCGGUUCAUCGGGAUGGUGUGGCGGUAGCUCAAACCACAGACUCGGGAGACGCUGAGGAUUUUGAGAGGGAGCAUUUAGACGAGCAGAAUGAGGAGGGAGGGGACCUACUCUGUGGUUUGGAGGAGUCUGGUGACUCUUCUCAAGACAAGAUUUCUUUGUCUAACCAGACAGAUGGGAUGGUUCUGAUGGACUCUAGGCAGGCCACGUCUGAUGUGACAGAGGUGGGACGGGCCAUGUCUGAUAUGAUGCAGACUGGACGGGCUACAAUUGAGGGUGAGCAGGUCACCUGUGGUGUAAUGGAGGCCGCGCAGGCUGCUUGUAGUGUGAAGGAGGCAGGAAAGGCCAUGACUGAACUGGUGCUUAGUGUAGAAGACAAUGGGCCAGCCGGCGGCCGUGUUUGGAAAGAUUCCUCUUGUUCUGUGUCAGAGCAAGUUGCAGAUCCUGUUGUUGGUGGACAUGCUGAUGUUGCUGUUGGUGCUACUGUUUCCUCCGUUGCUGACGUCACUGCUAGUGCUACUGUUUCCUCGGCUAAGGCGAUGGGUGUGGUGAAGAGAGAGGCCGUUCAAGGUCGGAGGAGGUCUCAUCGCAUGUCUCAGACAGCGCCAAUUGCUGGAGAUGUGGUUUCUGUCGUGCCAGCACGUUCUGUGACCCGAGCUCAUUCCCUCAGGACUGACGGGCAGGAUAGGGCGAAGACUGCGGCAGCCCUCCGUCCUCGCAAACGACAGAGGGAAGGUGUGGAGGAGAUGAAUGAGGGAGUGAAGAAGAGAAGUGAGAUCGUGAAGGAGAGGAGAGAGGGAGUGAAGGAGAGGAGGAUUGAGACAAAGAGGAAAGUGGUUGCUACCAAGAAGAAAGUCAGCUCUUGUGAUGUUGUGGAGAAGAAGAGAAGUAAAUUGAGCAAAAGUGUUGCUGGUGUGUCUCUGAAGACGAGCAGCAAAAGGAAGAGUACACCUUCCUCCUCCCCGUCCGGUUCUUUCAGUUUCCUGUCAGUAUUUCAGACUUCCCCCAUAAAGACAAAGAUCAAAAAGACGGAAAAACACCAUCUGAAACAAGACAAACCGGGUGAGAAAAAAGUUGUGUCAUCAUCAGCAGUGGGGGCUAAAGUUGCGACGGAUGAAGUAAAGUGUGGGUUUUGCCUCCGUGUGUUUCCAAGCCAGUCCGCCUACCAGGAUCACACGAAAACCCCGCGUUCUGGCAUCUACCCUUGCUCCAUGUGUGCCAGGACUUUCCCAUUCAAAGCAUUCAAACAGGCGCAUGAGAAGACAUUCCACGCCUCAUCGCACAGUGGCCAGGAGUCGACUCUGAAGGAGGCUGUCACUUUCUCAUGUCAUGUGUGUGGUGUCCGACUCAAGCGGAUGGCGGCCUUCAAGAAGCACCUGAUGAUCCACACAGAGGAGUUCUUCUACAAGUGCUGCAUGUGCAGCCGCCAGUUUCUAGAGCCUGGCAGCUUGCGCAACCACAUGUCCUCCCACCAGUCCGGCGGCAUGCUGCGCUGUCGCUGUUGCGAUCAGCUGUUUGCCACCCGCGGAGCGCUGGCCAAGCACAAAUUAGCCACCAUGGAGAUUAAGUGCUACUUGUGUGGGGAAAAUUUCCCCAACCGCACCAGUCGCACGCAGCACUACAAGCGCUUCCAUGAAACGGAGGUGCUGCGCUGCUCCAAGUGCCAGAGUAUGUUCUCGCGGGCCGAGGACUACGCCAAGCACAUGCGGGAACACAACCGCUAUAAGAAGAAGCAGUGCACGGUGUGCGGCAAGUUCUUCUCCCGCCUUGAGCUUCAUGUGGCUGUUCACAAGCGACCCGUGGAGGUGGAGGAGAGCAGCGUGUACGUCUGCGACAAGUGUCCGAGGAAGUUCACUAACCGCUCCUCCUUCCAGCGGCAUCUGAGCACGCACAGCGAGGAGAAAACGUACGAGUGUCCCAACUGUCCCCGGAAGUUCGCCGACUGCGGGGUCUUGCGGAAACACUUGCGGCGGCACUCCACGCUCAUGCCCUACCAGUGUGAAGUUUGUGGGAAGCGGUGCAGGGAGUCUGGGAGUCUCAAAUUACACAUGCGCGUCCAUGCAGAAACCAAACAGUUCCCCUGCCCCGUCUGUCCACAGGCCUUCAACUACAAGAAGUCGCUAGAAAGCCACAUGCGAACUCGCCAUUCCCAGAGCCUGUUGGCGCAAGAUGCUGCUGCCUCCACCAACAGUCAUGUGACGAGUCAUGUGGUGACAGGUGACCACAAGGAGGUGAUAGGGAACAGCGCGGGGGUUCAUCCUCCGGCUUUUGCUGAGAUUGAGGCUAAACCAUUGUACCCCUCCCUCACCUUCCCGUCAGCCGGCCUAGAGCCAACUCAUACUUUACGACCUGUGGACCUGGAAUCAACUCACACCUUACGACCCCUGGACCUAGAAUCGAACCAUACCUUACAGCCAGUCGACAUAGUAUCAGUUCACGCCUUACGACCAGUUGACCUAGAAUCGCACCACCCUCUUAAGCCAAUCGACAUAGUGUCGGCUCAUACCUUACAGCCAGUUGACCUCGAAUCAACUCACACCUUGCAGCCCGUGGACAUAACGUCUAACCACUCCUUACAAACGGUGGAGCAGCUAGGGUCAAAACCUACCGUGUAUGCCGGUGUGGGGAGUCAGUUGAAUGCGCUCAACCCGAUGAGUCUAUCAGUCCCCUACUGCGUCCCGCAGGUCUCUCCCCACCUCAUGGUGGCGAGCCAGGCGCAGGAAGUGACGUCAUCCGUCUCGGCAGACGUGCCCACUGUCAACGUGACCCUUUAUUGAUUGUUUAGGUGGGUGGUCUUUUUGCUUCUGAGUGUUCUAGGGUCUGCUAGGGUAGAAAUAGUUGUUAAGUGUUAAGCGCAUAGAGCGUUCUGUAG